GUCCUAAAGACAGCGUGUGCCUUCCGGGAGCCGAGUUGCUCCCGGUUUGCCUAUGAGGAACGACUGAUGGAGAAGCUUAUUCGCAUGGAGGCCCGCUUGGACACCAUAGACGCCGAGGACACACAGCGAGCACACGACCUUCGCCAUGGCGCUCGAAAAACAGGUAACAUUGGGAGCACCUACAUCCGCUGGGGGCGGUCAUCCUGUCCGGACACCGGCGCAUGGCUCGUAUAUGAGGGGUUUGCGGGAGGCACACACUAUUCCAAAUCCGGGGGAGGCGCUGUGUAUCUUUGUCUCCCAAAGGACCCGAUCUGGCCAGCAGCCGAAAUCAAGGCCUCCUUACUCGAACCCUAUAUACGGUGCUGAGUAUCAAACAUGGACGUCGGCAAUGUUGGCCUCCCUCCACGACCACGAUGUCCCGUGCGCCGUUUGCGCGAUCCAAGGAGGAAGUACAGUAAUGAUACCGGCUCGGGACAAGUGCUACAGCGGCUGGAAACCGGAGUAUUCCGGAUAUCUUAUGUCGGAACGCGAGACGCAAACUGCUUCUAAAGACUUUGUAUGUAUGGACAAAAACGCGGAGGUGGCGGAGGCCAGCAGUGAGACCAAUCAAGAUGGCGCCUUGUUCUUCUUUGUUGAUGCGAAGUGUGGAUCACUCAAGUGUCCGCCUUAUGUCACCGGAAGAACGCUGACGUGUGUUGUAUGCUCUCCCGAGUGAAGUCCGUGAGUGUUGAUAAGGAACGUUUAAGUGUUACGGCGUGAAAACACAAUUUAUUAAAAUUUCUAAAUUA